AUGUUGUGGCUGUGUUCGUGUUUGGGCAUUUGGCCUGGUUCACAUGAUGUAGCGGCCAGAGUUGAGUUGGAGACCUCUGAGAACACUCAAGAGUAUCAGCUCUUAGUGUUCGCCUUGAUCAAUGAACUUAUCAAGAACAUGCAACUAGUGUUUGCACGGGAUCCCAAGAAUCCCGAAUCCCGACUUUUGAAUCUCGAUCCCGAUCCCGGGAUCCAUAACACAAGUCAUUUUGUGUGA